CCGAUUCUGAGGCUAACAAACCAGAGGUCAUUACUUUUUAUAACAUGACCAAAGGUGGGAUCGAUGUUGUAGACAGAAAGAAAAAGGACUACUCUGUAAAACGUAUUAGUAACAGGUGGCCUUUGACGAUUUUUUGUGGACUCCUGAAUCUGGCAACUAUAAAUGGUCAGAUUAUCUACAACCUGAAUACAAAAGACACCAUGCAGAGGAGGACUUUCAUAACGAGCCUUGCGAGGGACCUAGUAAAGCCGCAUAUUCUACAUAGAGCUUCUAUUCAGACCCUCUCACUCCCGUUGAGGACCAGCAUCAGGGCUGUCGCCGGUGUAGAACUUCCUGAGCCAAACCCCCCACCAGUUGUCGAGGGACGAAAACCAAGGUGUCACUACUGCCCUGUCAGGAAAAACAGGUUUACUCCAUACAAAUGCUCAGCUUGUGAAAGAUCCGUAUGCAAGGAGCACACUGCCAAAACAAGCUAUUGGUGCCACAACUGUGCAGCAGAAGGGAACUAGAUCUAAGUUUUUGUUUCUUGUAUUAGUUUCCACUUCACAUGCAUUAUUUUUACAUUAUCAAUUUAAUUUAGAAUGUCUUAAGUAAUAAAAAACAUUUCCUUAGUAACUGAAAAAAAUUAUUUCAACCUUCUGCAUGUGUAAGUAAAUGGGGAUAAAUUAAUAAAAUUAAAAAAAUCCAAUAGUUAGUAAUUAUUUUUGUUAUUAAUUUUUUAAAAUUGCCUGACACUU